UUCCUGCAACGGCCUCCAGGGGGCGCGCGACGGGCAGCGAGACCUGCCAAGAAGCCCCGUCGCGCGCUCUGGGUUUCCCGGGCUGUCUGCGCCUGUUCCUGAAGCAUUCUCUCCUGACAUUUCGCCCACACCUGUGGCAGGAAUCCUCAGAGGUUGUGAAGUCUGUUGGGAACCAUCCCUGUGGAACGAUGUCCCGGGUGGGAGAAAGAAAGAAAGAAAGAAAGAAAGAAAGAAAGAAAGAAAGAAAGAAAGAAAGAAAGACCUCUUGUUGGCUGAAGGCAGGUGUGAAUGCGCGUGUAUCCCACAGCUGUGGAUGAGUCUCCAUAGGGACCCCCCAAAAGCAGCAGCCUCACCCACACAUGAAUCGUGGAGCAUGGAGGCAGCGCAGACUCACUCAACCACGUUCAAGGCAGCCAGAGAGAGGACUCGAGGAACCCACCUAGACACAGGAUAUUAUUAUUUGAGAACACGGCAAUGCUGGACCACUCUGCACAUGACACAGGCGACACAGAGAAGCCACUGAAAUCCACAAGAGGCAGGUGGGGAAUUUCAGCAGAAAGGAGGAGGAAACCAUGAACAUGAACAAAAUAUGGCUACCAGUACUUUAAAAAACUCUCAAAAUCGAGACAGUCAAUAAGGAACAACACUCAGAAAACAGGGGAAAUGCAGAUAUGAAUCAAUCAAGGCCAGUUAUAACACCUUCCAACACAGGAUAAUAAAUGUAAGGCCUUCUCACGGACCACCCUGAGAAUUUGGGUGGGGUUGAAGCCCCUCAAGCCCCCCCCCCCCCCGGCUACAUGCCUGCUCCAGGCAGUAAACAGCCAGACUUUGAAACUGGGAGACCAUUCAAUGCUAAUCAAGGUGGGCAAUGGCAACACCCACACGUGUCUCAAGCAGACAAGAGUUCUUUCUUUCACCCACCCUGGACACUAUUCCAUAUAUAUAUAUAUAUAUAUAUAUAUAUAUAUAUAAACCCCACUUGCCUUUUGAGGCAUUCUGAGGAUGCCUGCCAUAGAUGUGGGUAAAACAUCAGGAGAGAAUGCUUCUGGGACAUGGCCAGGCACCUGGGAAACUCGCAGCAAGCCAGUGGUUCCGGCUGUGAAAGUCUUCAACGACACAUCAUGCCAAGAUGGAUACAGUAACACCAACUUCUGGAGCUUAUCCCGGGAAAGAGCUGCUUCUGGGGUUGUUGUUCUUGGGAAUUGAUGAGUUGUCAAGCUCAAAUCACCCCCUUUAUGAGGAGUUCGGUGCGCACCCCAACAUCAUCAAGCUCCUGAACGUCAUCCGGGCGCAGAAUGACAAGGACAUUUACCUGGUCUUUGAGUCCAUGGAGACCGACCUCCACGCUGUGAUCAAGAAGGGCAACCUGCUGAAGGACAUCCACAAGUGCUACAUCCUCUACCAGCUACUGAAGGCCACCAAGUUCAUCCACUCUGGAGACGUCAUCCACAGGGACCAGAAGCCUUCCAACGUCCUGCUGGACGCCGACUGCUUUGUGAAGCUGUGUGACUUUGGGCUGGCCCGCUCCCUGCGCCAGGCCCACCAGCCCCCAGGGAGCCCCCCGCUCACCGAGUACGUGGCCACCCGCUGGUACCGGGCCCCAGAGAUCCUGCUGGCCUCGCACAGCUACACCAAAGGGGUGGACAUGUGGAGCAUCGGCUGCAUCCUGGGGGAGAUGCUUCUCGGGAAGCCCCUGUUUCCCGGCUCCUCCACCAUCAACCAGAUCGAGCAGAUCCUGCGCGUGGUUCCUGCCCCGGGUCCAGAAGAUGUGGCCGCCUUCCAUUCAGACUAUCGAGCGUCCCUCCUCAGCCGCCUGAGUGACCAGCAGCGGGUGACCUUUGAGGAGCUCCUCCCGCCCUCCACGCCCCCCCAGGCCCUGGACCUUCUCAAGCGGCUCCUGGCCUUCAACCCCGAGAAGCGGCCGACCGCGGAAGAGGCUCUGGAGCAUCCCUACGUGCGCAGGUUCCACUCUCCGGCCAGAGAGCCCUCCCUCCGCGGCAGCGUGGUCCUUCCGCUGGACGACAACGUGCAGCUCUCCGUGGCCGAGUACCGCAACAAGCUCUACGAGAUGAUCCUGGAAAAGAAGGCCCAGAACCAGCGCCAGAAGCAGCAGCAGCAGACGCCCCGGCCUCAGUCGCAGGAGGAUCCCCGCCCGGCCCCCCCAGAGCCCACCGCCCCCCACGGGGCCCCGGCAGAGGCCCAGGAGGCACCGGGGCCCCUCCCACCCCAGGGGCCUUUGGGGGCCCCCGCCCCCUCUGCCGCUCCCCCGCACAGGGCCGGCUGGGCCAAGGGUGGCUCCGCUGCAGCCCGUGGAGGCCUGGUGCCAGGGAGCCUGGCCAGGAACCGCUCGGCCCCGCUCCUUCCGCAGGCGCAGGCACGGCAGCAAGAGGCGGCAGCUUCGCUGGGCCGGAGAGGCCGGAGGCGGGGGUCCUGCCCCCCUGGGAGCGCCCAGCCCGCCCCCCAAGGGGCGCCGCACAGUCUCGAGGGGGGGCUCCUGGCCCCGCGGGCCCCCUUCUCUCUCUCUGCCCAGGCCCACCAGCUGGCUCUCCACCAGCCCCUGAUGCGGAAGGAGCCCUCGCCCAGCAAGGCCCCCGUUCCACCGGGGGAGAAUGUGAAGAGCGGCGAGUCGCGCGGCCGGGGGGCGCUGCCCCUCCCGAAGCCCUGCAAGAAGCUCUUCCAGGGGACGGCCAACGUGGGCGCAGCGGGGGACCCCAAGGCCUGCCUGGGCAGCUACUCCCAGUCCUAUGGCACCAUCUGCAAGUCCACCCUCCAGAGCCUCCCUCUGGCCGGCGUUUGCCCUCAGGGUGCCGGCCUCUAGCGCCGGGGGUGUGGGGGGACACCGUGGGUUUCUGGGAUGCUCGGGGGGAAUGAGUGUCCCUCCUACCCAAUGCAGCCUCUUCCUGGGGCUGAAGGGGUGGCAUUUGCAGUCCUUUUCUUCCUGAGAACUGGAGGAGACAGACGGCGAGCCAGAGGGGCUUCCGGGGGGCUCUGUCCAGCUCACUGGUACAGCUCUGCCUGCACAUGAGUUUGCUCUUGGGAGCGUUCUGAAUCAAGCCAGCCUUCCAAUGGGUGCCUUUCUUGCUCUCUGUUGCGGAGGGCGAGGGCUGGACUCCUCCUCCGUCUCUGGAGGAUGGGGUUGGGUCCGCCUUGGCUGAGUGAGUGGCAAUCCUUUUAUGAUCUCCUAUUUUAGGUACCGGCAAUGCCGGGUUAUGUCUUUUGUAACGAUAAAAAUAAACAGGAUUCAUGGUUGGGA